CACCUGAAUCAACCCCUUCUACGUAGUCAACAUAUCUCCGGUUGCGAACUUAGCCAGUCAGUCACAUAUCGGUACGGAGUACAAGCAUGGCAAAUGCCAUACCGAUGCGCAUCGAAUCAGCGCCUCGAUUCAAGUCUUCCUAUAGCGCAACUCUUUGGGAAUCCGCGCCCUUCAGCCUUCCAACAUGAACAACCCUGAGUUUCGCCAAACCCUUCAACACAUCACCCACAACCUCGAGACUGCCAACCAGACUGCGCAAGAGAACAUAUAUACAUUCACACAACGCUACAUUGACCCUUGUUUGUCCGGAUUAAAGUCUUGCGUUGUGGACUGCACCGCACCCUGUUUCCCCAACCGAGAAGACAAACUGCGCCGGAAGAGAGGGAGGUCGCGUGGCAGAGCGGAAUAUAAUUUUGACUUUUAUGAGGCAUGGGAUGAUGACGAAGCACUCGCUGAGACCUCCACGGCGUGGGGAAAUGAUGAGCUGGACAGUCUCUUAGCAGGUCAUGGACCAAGAGUAGAUCAACCAAAACGACCGAGAGCCAUGAGCUAUGGUUCUCGAGGACGGCGGAAACCGAACAUCAUGCAGGGCGAGUCCGAUCAUGAUCCUACCAUAAUCCCAAGCUCCUCGUAUCUAGGCUUCUUGGAACGUCUGCCCUGGAAACUGGGUGCUAGGAAAUUACGAUAUAAGCCCUCGGCGGCAGACUUACAAGAGCACCCAGGAGCCACACGAGUACACCCUGCAGAAGUCGAACCGCUGAUUGAAGAGCAUGAUGAAGACAGUAGCCCCUGGAGGAAAGGACAUGGUCGACAAAGAAGUGAUACUAACGCUUCUCGAUCCACGACCAAUUCACUUAGCUCUAGGGGAGAUCUGAUCAUGAGCGACGAGGAGGAUGACGCAGUCCCACUUGACGAUGAAUUUGCAUCAGUCAUGUUGGCUCGAAGAAAUACAAAUCAGGGUCUACCGGAAGACCAAAGCAGUGGCAAAGCGAGGACCCCUAGUGGAAAGCGUCCUGGAGCAUCUCGCAGGUCGACGAGAACAACCUCUUCCAAGUCGAUACGAAGCCCUGGUAUGCAGAGUCAGCGGUCUGCUUCGGAGAGAAGUCUUGCACCUCCUGUGUCACCUACUCCCACAAGAGAACGCAGGGAACUGCCCACGAUGCUUGAUCUUAAGCUUCAAGAGGAGCAGGUGGCAAGAGAGGAAGAGUUGGAGAUCAAGCAGAAAAGAGAGGCUGCACAGAGGCUGGCUGUACAGCGAGGCUUGAACGCAGGGAAUGCGGUAUCUGCGGAAGUCGAUCCUUCUGUGAAAGAAGACCAGACAAUUGCCAGUGUCGGUGAUGAGGUCGAUGACGACAGCAGUUCGGCGUCUUCUGAACCCCAAGCCAUCGCGGAUGGUUCUGCAGAUCAAUCUCAACGGAGUGCAAUGGAUGGGAAAGACCCGACAUGAAAGGGAGAUGUGAGGAUUCGCGCAAUUGGCAAGAGAUGACGGUUCUUGUGUUCGGAACUAAUUACGACCUAAUGACUUGCAGCAUACCUUACCUACCUAAUGAAUCUUGUCUGUAUAUGCUGAAAUGAGCGAGAUAUAGUCCUAGUUAGACUGUACAGCCGUGUAUUUUUACUUUGCA